AUGGAGGGUGAGAUGGAGCACAGUGUGAAGGAGGAAGAGGGAGGCUCAGUUGGUCUUGAGGCAGGGGGGCAGCCGUGGAGCCCCUUGGAUGCUGCCUCGGACCAGGGAGUGAAGACGGAGGAUGAGGACUCCCCUGGGAUGGACCAGGGAGGCAUGCAGGUGAAGGAGGAGGAGGAGGACCCUGCUGGGGCAUCCUGGGAAGGAACUGUGCGGAAGGUCCUGAUUGGGAACACCUCUGGCUGGGAACAGCAUCGCCAGCACUUCAGGCGCCUCCGCUACUGGGAGGCCGAGGGGCCCCGGGAGGUCUGCGCCCGACUCCAACACCUUUGCCACUGGUGGUUGCAGCCUGAGCAACGCACCAAGGCUCAGAUCGUGGACCUGGUGGUCCUGGAGCAAUUCCUGGCUGUCCUGCCCCCGGAGAUGCAGAGCUGGGUCAAGCAAUGCGGGCCGGAGACCAGUUCUCAGGCGGUGGGCCUGGCAGAGGGGUUCCUGCUGAGCCAGGUGGAGGAUGUGAAGCAGGAAGAGCAGGAAACAGAGGCCUUAGCAGAAACGGCCUCCGAUGGCCAAGAGGCGGAUGAGUCUCCUUUGGCUGCUAGACCAGGACUGACUCUCCAGGAGGUGAAGCAGGAGGAAGACAGAGACGCCACCUCACUGGGUGAUGGACCAGUGAGCUGCUUGGAGCCUUCUCCUCUUCUGGCUGGAAUGGAAACAGCCUCUGUGCAGCCAGAUCAGGGGCUGGUGACCUUUGAAAAGUUUGCAGCGUAUUUCACUGAGGAAAAGUGGGCCCUGCUGGGUUCAGGCCAAAGGCUGCUGCGAGCAGAAGUCCUGGUGGAGAACGAGGGGAGACGGGCCGCUCUCGGUAACAAUCAGGACAGGAAGGAAGACUUUGAACAGCAGGGAAGGAAAACAGAAGCAAAAAAGAGGAAAUCCACUCCUUUUGAAAUGGCCAGCCCUCCCAAAAUUCCAGUCCCAGAAGGUCAAGAAAGAAACAAAAUGAACAAUUUCCCUCUAAAUGCCAACAGCUUAUCUGUUGGCUCAAGCCUCAACACCCACCAGAGAAUCCACAAUAUGGAGACAGUCCCAGAGUGUAGAAAGACCUUCAGUCAGAACAUAAACCUUACUUCUCAUCCAAGGGCUGAUACUGAGGAGAAGCCAUAUAAAUGCUCAGAGUGUGGAAAGGGUUUCAGCCGGAGGUAUAACCUUGUUGCUCAUCAGAAAAGCCACACAGGGGAGAAACCCUACAAAUGCUUAGAGUGUGGCACAAGUUUCAGUCGGAGUAAUAACCUUACUUCACAUCAGAAAAUUCACACAGUGGGCAAGUCAUAUAAGUGCUCAGAGUGCGGCAAGUGCUUCAGUCAGAAGAUAAACCUUACUAGACAUCAGAGAAUCCACACGGGGGAGAAACCAUUUCAGUGUUCAGAGUGUGGAAAGACCUUUGGUGAGCAGCACCACCUUACCACACAUCAAAAAAGUCACACAGGUGAGAAACCGUAUAAAUGCUCAGAGUGUGGAAAGAGCUUUAUUCAGAAGAUAAACCUUAUAACGCAUCAAAAUACUCACACAGGAGAGAAACCAUAUAAAUGCUUGGAGUGUGGGAAGAGCUUCACUCAGAGCACAAGUCUUAGGUCACACCAGAAGAUCCACACGGGGGAGAAACCAUAUAAAUGCACUGAGUGCAGGAAGAGCUUCAGUCGAAGCACACACCUGAGAUCCCAUCAAAGAAUCCACACAGGAGAGAAACCAUAUAAAUGCCUUGAGUGUGGAAAGAGCUUCAAUCACAGCAUCAGCCUUUCUUUACAUCACAGAAUACACACAGGAGAGAAGCCAUAUCAGUGUUCAGAAUGUGGAAAGAUCUUCCGUCAGGCCAGAAACCUUAGGCUACAUCACAGGAUUCACACAGGGGAGAAACCUUAUAAAUGCCCUGAGUGUGGUAAGAGCUUCAACCGAAAGGAAAACCUGAGAGCACAUCAAAGAGUUCACACAGGGGAGAAACUAUUGAAAUGUCCUGAGUGUGGAAAGUGCUUUAGACGGAGCACAAAUCUUCGGGUGCAUCAGAAGAUUCACACAGGGGAGAAGCCGUAUAAGUGUUUGCGGUGUGGAAAGUGCUUCCGGCACAAGGACCAUCUUACUAAACAUCAGAGAGUGCACAGUGGGGAGAAACCCUAUAAAUGCCUGGAGUGUGGAAAGAGCUUCAAGCACAACCUAAGCCUAACUUUGCAUCAUAAAAUUCACACCGGAGACAAACCAUAGACAC